AUGAAGCAGGCGCGGAUUGUGCUUCCUCCGCCCUACUCCGGUCCGCUCUCCUUUCUUAGUGUUGUUGAGGCAACUUCACCACUUGUUCAGGUUGGACCUCUUCUCCAGCCUGCUGCUGUUGACGCACCGGCUGCUCCUGCUUCUGCUCCACCGGAUGCCGUUGCUGCUCACGCUUCUGCUCGCGUUGCUUAUCCCGAACAGCUCCUUUGCUGUGGACGUCCUGCUUCUGCUGCUCUUCGGCAGCACCCUUUUCUGGGACGUCCUGCUGGGGAGGUGGAGUUGAUACAUUCGCUCUCCUCCUCACUACUUCAUUCCAUUUGCUACCAGGGGCCUUUCUUUGUUAGUUCCGCUCUGGGCUGCUCUGGUGUUGGUAGAGGUGCUUGCUUCGUCUGCGGUACUGGUUUCUUGGUUGGACACAACUUGACCAGGUGUCCGGCCGCACCACAAGGCCAACAGGAUGGGCGAUGUCCCUCGACAACAACAAAAAAUGCUUCGGUCGCCACAGGAAAGGAUAUGGGUAUCUCAUUGAACUUUGGCCGGGUCAAUGUCACCAUGACCACAACAUCGCUGGUGGCAAUAUCCGACUUUUGA